AGUUGGAAUCUUACUCGCCGUUUCAUUUCAAUUUGCAUAAAGUUUCACAUGAGUUCUCGUGUUGGUAUGGGGUUAAGCUUGUUACUAUUAGGUGAACAUUUUCCAUUAAAUAUUCGUAAAGUAAUUUUUAAAUAAUAGACCACAUACUUUUUAUCGUUAUGGAAGGAUCACACAUUAACAACUUCGCAUUAUCAUUUAAAAACAAUCGGUUAAGUUACUGCGGUCAAGACUGUCAAAAAAUCCCACCAGCUUUAUGGAACAUGUAUGGCGCCAAAGUCAACUAUUUAGACUUAAGCUACAACAGUAUAGAAACAUUGAAGGGGCUGGAGAAAUUCACAAGACUAGAAGAACUCAUUCUGGACAAUAACAAACUAGCCGAUAUAGUUAGCUUUCCCUUCCUGCCAUUCUUGAAGACACUGUCUUUGAACAAUAAUGAGAUAACAAAUCUAGAGGAUCUAGUCAACAAGUUGUGUGACGCAUUUCCGGCGCUGACAUACCUCAGUCUACUAAGCAAUAAAGCCUGCCCAAACCAGCUCUCGGAUCUAGAGAAAGAUGAAUCAGACUACCAAAGAUACAGAUAUUUCGUCAUAUACAAAUUGAAGAACCUCCGGUUUCUGGAUUCGAGGCGUGUCACGGAUCGAGAGCGCGUGGAAGCGACCGCGCGUGGAGAAUUCAUGCGCGUACGCCGACCGACCAGUGACGUCAUUCCAAAUGAUCCCGGCUCGCCAGAGCUUCGUGCCCGUCCGCUGCCGUUGGACCUGAAUGCGCUUGGGAAACAUAAAGGUGCUUACGGUAAAUGUCUCUACAAAUACACGGGAAAGCACUCGGAGGGAAACCGAUUCAUUUUGAACAGCGAUUUGUGACACAGUUCCUCUCUUAGAAAUUCACCAUAUAAAGUGUGAAAGUUCUUAUGUGCAUGAAUUUUGUAUUAUUUUAUAUUGUUAAAUGCAUGUUAUAUCUAAGCUAAAAAUGUUUCUUUUGAUUAGCUUUAACAAAGGUUUUACAUUGGAAAAAUGGGCUGACAGGUGUCCACUUAAGCGUUGUCGAUGUUUUGAAUAUUUGGGAAGUGUAGAGUGAUUUACGAAUGUUGUUUUGGUGCUAAAAGUUGCGGCGUUAAUUAUUUAUAUUAAUAAAAAGACUGAACUAUAUAAUAUAAAUACGAAAAAUAUUCGCUGCCUAUAAAAACCUAAAUGUGUUGUCACAAUUAUAGUUAAUAGAUAAAAUAUAUUUUUGUUCUCAA